GGGGCGCCGUAGCCCACGCCGUUGCCAGGGGAACGGGCCCAGCGCCGGACGAGGCCCAGCCAGCGUCUGCCUGGCCGGGUGGUACAGCCAGCCCGCUCAAGUCGGAGCCGGAGGACUUGCGGGCCUAACCUCCGCCUCGCGUCCCGGGAUGGGGCUCCGAUUCGGGGCGCACCGCCGCCGGGUCCCAGGGACCGUCUCUACCGCGAGAGUCUGAAGCGCGGCCGCUUUGGGGUGGGUAGACGGCCUGGCGCUGGGGCUGAGCUGCUGAGUGACCUUGGCAGGGCCGAUCUGGCUCGGCCGACGACGCGCAGAUGUUUUCAAGUCAGCAAACAUUACUGAGCACCUACCAUGCACAAGAUGAACAUCUGCAACAAGCCCUCUAACAAGACAGCCCCUGAGAAGAAUGUGUGGACCGCACCUGCACAGGCCAGCGGACCCUCCCCGGAGCUGCAGGGCCAGCGGUCCCGCCGGAAUGGGUGGAGCUGGCCCCCGCACCCACUCCAGAUUGUGGCCUGGCUGCUGUACCUCUUCUUUGCUGUGAUUGGCUUUGGGGUCCUAGUUCCCCUCCUGCCUCACCACUGGGUGCCUGCUGGCUAUGCUUGCAUGGGCGCCAUCUUUGCUGGUCACCUCGUGGUGCACCUGACUGCUGUUUCCAUCGAUCCAGCAGAUGCCAAUGUGCGGGACAAGAGCUAUGCAGGGCCUCUGCCCAUCUUCAACCGCAGCCAACAUGCACACGUCAUUGAAGACCUACACUGCAACUUGUGCGACGUGGAUGUGAGUGCUCGUUCCAAGCACUGCAGCGCCUGCAACAAAUGCGUGUGCGGCUUUGACCACCACUGCAAAUGGCUCAACAACUGUGUGGGCGAGAGGAACUACCGGCUCUUUCUACACAGUGUGGCAUCUGCCUUACUGGGCGUCCUGCUCCUCGUACUGGUGGCCACUUAUGUCUUUGUGGAGUUCUUUGUCAACCCCAUGCGGCUGCGUACCAACCGCCACUUUGAAGUCCUGAAGAAUCACACAGAUGUGUGGUUCGUGUUCCUGCCUGCCGCCCCUGUGGAGACGCAGGCUCCUGCCAUCCUGGCUCUGGCUGCCCUACUCAUCCUUCUGGGCCUGCUCUCCACAGCCCUGCUCGGCCACCUGCUCUGCUUCCACAUUUAUCUCAUGUGGCACAAGCUCACCACCUACGAGUACGUUGUGCAGCAUCGUCCACCACAGGAGGCAAAGGGGGCCCACAGGGAGCUCGAGUCAUGUCCCCCGAAGAUGCGGCCCAUUCAGCUGGCUAGGGCCUGGCUCCUGUCUCAUUGUGACCCGUCAGGCUUCUGGGAUGAUCCUCUACAACUGCUGCCCUCAGUCCUCCGCUUCUGGACCCCAGGAGCACCAGGUCCUCUCCGGCGCGGCAGAGGCGCAUGCUGCGUGCCAGGGUGCAAGCCCAGGCCACUGCUGCUACCUCCGGCCUCACUUUCAGGCGUUGGGUCUGCUGCUCCAACGGUCACUGCGAGGAUCAGCAACUAAACAAGACAGAGAACUCACCCAUAAGCCUGGUCCCAGGUGGGACCGUGGCGCUGUUUUUUCUACCACUUACUGCCUUCCCUUUACCAACAGAAGUUGGGGAGACCACUCAUCCCCCCACUUCCCUCCAGCAGCUGAGAUUGUGUCUAGUACUCUGAGGACUCAGCUCUCAGGGAGCCAUGGAUCUCUGCAUGUAGCCUUGCAGCCGCGGGUGCACACGCGAGUGUGUGAAGUGCCGGGUCUCCCAACCAGGGAAAAAAGUUGGUUUAGAGAUUGAAGAGUUAGAAGGAGCCAGGAGCAAGAGGAGGCCUCUCUGAGUCCCUCUUUGCCCCACCCCCACUUGGCCAGAACAGCCCUAGACGGGGUACAUUGGACCCAUGAGGCUGGAGGCUUCCCGGAGGAGGUGGAAUUUGACUGAAGUGAGGAAAACAAUGGGGUUGGGGUAAGGUACAAACACAGGUGUUUUAAGCCUCAUUCUGCAUUGGGGUUUUCCCAGCAUAACUGGGAAGCCUAGAGAACAGCCCUAGACCUCUUCGCCCACACUUCCCAGAGAGAACAGUAAGGGGGUGUGUCCUAGACAGAGUGGGCCUAAGGACCCAGGAGGCCCUGGACCCAUACCUGGCUUCCCAGCCUCCCUCACCUCCACCUU